UCAAGCCGAGAAUUCGGGAGCGGGGCGAGUGACGUAGGAGAGUUUCACGGGAUCGUGGACCUACAGUAACAACAACACACCGUGAAGCGGCCCGGGGCCGUGCUGCGUGCACCCCGCCCGCUCCGGAUACUGGGGGACCCUGCAGUGCCCGCCGUCAGGGGGGGAAGGGGGAGUAGCCUGUGCCAGGUUAGAUCCCGGGCGGUGCCAGCGUUGUCAGCAAGAUGGUGUCGUGGAUCAUCUCUAAGGCCGUGGUGCUGGUGUUUGGUAUGCUGUACCCAGCGUACAAUUCCUACAAGGCUGUGAAGACGAAGAAUGUGAAAGAAUAUGUACGGUGGAUGAUGUAUUGGAUUGUUUUUGCCCUUUACACUGUGACAGAAACCAUAGCAGACUUAACAAUAUCCUGGUUUCCUUUGUAUUACGAGUUAAAGAUUGGUUUUGUAAUCUGGUUAUUAUCUCCGUAUACAAGAGGUGCCGGCUUGUUGUACCGGAAGUUUUUGCAUCCUCUUCUUUCUAAAAAUGAAAAGGAGAUUGAUGAGUAUAUUGUCCAAGCCAAAGAGAAGGGCUAUGAAACCAUGGUGAACUUUGGCAAGCAAGGCUUGAAUCUUGCUGCUACUGCUGCUGUGACGGCUGCCGUGAAGGGCCAGGGGGCUAUUACAGAACGGUUAAGAAGUUUCAGUAUGCAUGACUUGACAGCAAUACAAGGUGAUGAGACUGCCGCCAACAGACUCUUCCCAUCUUUACCUGAGGCGCAAAAGAAACCAAAAAAUACCGAAGGGUCUGGAUUCAGCUCAUUAGGAAAAGAUUCUGGAGAUGACAAAUCUGAUGAAGAAACAGAAGGGGCACACUCAGAAGAUGAAAUGUAUGCGCACAAGGGGCUGCGCCGAGCACAGAGCAUGAGAUCUGUAAAGGUCGUUAAAGGCCGUAAAGAGGUACGAUAUGGAUCACUGAAGUACAAAGUGAAAAAAAGACCCCAAGUUUACUUCUAAUGGGACUUAAUGAAAUGCCCUGAACUGCUGUAAUACAAUCAUGUUCUUUGUCUGAAUGUGACUUGUUAAUAUAUAGUACGUUUCAGAAACAGCAGUAGACACCAAGAAGCAAUACCAACUUCCAGGAUCACUAUUUAUUGUGUAUUUUAUAUGUUGUUUGGAACGUUUUAGACCUGUAACUUUGGAGCCACUUAAGGGAUUCUGUGCAACACAGUGCUUUAUUCUUAAUGCUUCAGGAACGGAUAUAGGUCUUGCUGGUAAGGAGAACAGGUGGAUCAUUAGGGUUUUUAUUACAGUUUUAUGCAAUAUACUGUA